CAAACACGGCCCGUUUGGUUUUGGCACUUGGGCUCGUAGCCCGUAUUCCCGUAGUCGUCAAGCAGGCCGGCCCAGAUAAUGGGGUGUGAUGCGGGGCCCAGGCGCAGAAUCCGUCUUCCUCAGUGAGCACUCCACUUGGGUACAAACCCUUAGGCCUGUCCGCCUGAGCAAAACGGAACACGAUAACGAGACGGCAGGUGGGGGAGGAGCCGAGGAGGGCUUCAGGGGUUUCAGGGCGGAGAGGAGAAGAUGGCGGCGAAGCGCGAGACCGAGUCGGACGGCGAAGAGCUCGGCGGCGAGGCCUCCAACCCUGCGAGCGGUGGCGCGACUCCGCCGCCCCUAGCCGCAGCUCCCGUCGUCUGCCUCCUCCGCUCCGCUGGGGACUUCGCCGGCGGCGCCUUCGUCGGAUCCAUCGUCGGAUAUGGACAAGGCCUGAUCACUAAGAAAGGUUUCAAGGGUUCAUUCAGCAAUGCUGGGUCCUCUGCUAAGACUUUUGCAGUUCUAUCUGGGGUCCAGAGUUUGGUUGUGUGCUUGCUGAGAAGGCUGCGUGGGAAAGAUGACAGUAUGUAUACCAUUUGUCAAUGCUGGUAUAGCUGGUUGUUGCACUGGCAUUGCUUUGAGCUUCCCAGGAGCACCACAAGCGUUGCUUCAGAGCUGUGCCACCUUUGCAGCGUUUUCUUGCAUCAUGGAGGGGCUCAACAAGCAGCAGGCUGCAAUGGCUCACACUCUUGGCACAACUGCAUUGACGGUUGCGCAUGAUAAAGGAGGUGUACUGCCCCCAUUCACGCUUCCACCAAUUCUGGAUGCAUCAGAUGCUUUAGCCUCAUGCUGCCAAGCCUUAGUAAAGCCUAAGCACUAGACUACAGGAUAGGGGAGAGAGACAUGCUGAAGAAAGAUAGCUUCAGUUUUCAUUUCUUUAUUAUGUUGACCUAGCAUAUCUGCAUAUGUAAAUUUUGCUUCUGGACAAGCUGUGGAACGUGCCUAAAACCUAGUUUUGCUUUGAGCAACUGGACAGGUUUUCUUGAUGUGUUCGUGUUGCGAAUUCCGCUGGUUCUGGCAUUAUUAAAAUCAUAAAUACUUGACUCGAUGUUCAGCCGUUUGGCCAUCAUUGA